GUGGUUGGUCAGAUCCGUCUGCCACUGUUUUGCUUGCCAUGGUUUUGUUGCUUUGGAAGCCCCUUCUGCUCUUGCUUGCUGUGGCCCUUCAAAAAACCGCGCUGGCGACCGAACGCGCACGGGAAUUAUGCAGCUUUGAUCCGGUCGAAUCGGACGUGCCCGAGAAAUUCUACAGCGAUGGCACGGAAAUGAUGCGUGCAGCCAAGUGUGGAGACCUCGAACGAGUCAAAAAACUAUUUGAGGAGAAACCGGACGAGAUCAAUCGCCAAAACAGUUAUGGCAAGACUUCUCUGAUGUUUGCAGUGAAGUACGGUGCUGUCAAGGUGGGUGCCUACCUCAUCCAAAAAACUGAACUGGACGUACAGGACUUUCAUGGAAUGACAGCGUUGAUGAUAGCCGUUUGGGAGAACCAAACGGAGCUUGCGGCGCAACUCAUUAAGCAUCACGCCCAGCUGGAUUUACAAUCUCAGUGGGGUUGGACCGCCUUGUUCAUUGCUGCAAAGUUUGGAAAUGCUGAAGCAGCCAAACUCUUGGUCAGCAACCAGGCCAGCCUGGACAUACAGGACAAGGACGGCAAGACUGCGUUGAUGCGGGCAGUGGAGAAAAAUGACACGCAGUUGGCGGCACUGCUUUUGCAUGCAAACGCCUCGGAAUUUCCUGUGAUGGCAUGGGGUUGCAGCGCCAAAGACCUGGCCAGAGGCAAUGAUGAGAUGUGGCAGGUAUUGGAGAGUCACCGAACUGGCUGGAGAGACAAGAUUACCUACAUUCUAUUUCAGUCAAAUUUCAUGUGGUUUCUACCACUUGGCAUGAUUUCAGGGCUGUUGUUGGGCUUUCUUUAUUUGCGCUUGGUGUCCUGGCACUUGGACGGGUCGAAACUGGACGUUGAUCCCUUUGCGCCUGGUGCUCGGCUGCUGGCGUCACGCACACUGGUACUUGCUAAGGAGGGAGGCAUCCUCAUUAAUUUCCUAGCGAUUGGGUACCGUGUUGUGGAGACAGUGGCCAGCAUCACUCUUCCGUUGGGAGUUGUCAUGCUGGGCAUCCGAUGGGAGGUAGUCCUCACAUUCAUGUUGCUCUUCUACCUUUUGCCCGCCUUCUUUUUCGUAGGUUUUUGGAGAUGUGUCAGGCAUCCAGCGCUGGUGUUCGUCGGCUGCCGCAGCCCGCGGCAGAUUCGUCUCAAAGUUGCUGUCACGGUGACCCUUUUGGGCCUCGCUGCAGCUCUGUAUUUAUCACAUGAGUGCGGGGAGGAUAUCCCGUAUCUCACUGGGCAUUUGAGCGGCAGUCAUUUGCAUGGGCAUUUCUCAUGGAUUCUCGCAAGUGGCCCAUAUCCACUCCUUAAUGAGAUCGCAAGCCAUGUGGCCUGCCCAGAUCGGUCUGUUUUGGAGUCUCAGAAACAGAACCUGCUACUAGGUUAUCUCAGUGCUGUUUGGUGCUUGUCAGCUUCAUGGGUGGCACUUGCCCUGGCUGACACGUGUGGCUUGGUAAAGGUGCUUCAACCGGCCAAGGAAACUGCAACCAGCACAGAGGUCCAACAACUCACCGAACAAAUUUGCAGCACGAAGAAUUGGCAGGACUUGGGGCAUUUGAGCACUCCGGUGAAAACAGUUGAAACCCGCGUGAAGAUGUUUAUUGCAGUGGGAAUGGCCAUCAUUGACAUGAUUAUUUUGGACCUUUCUCAGCUCAUGACUUGGAUUUGGGCCAUGCAGUUCAAAUUCAGUGCUUGCCUGAUCUGCAUUUUCACGGUCUCGAUGGUCCUGGAGCUUUCGAAAGGUUUGGCUCGCUUGAAGGAGGGCCUGGCAGAAUCCAUGGCUCGAGGCAUCCUCAGGAGUGACCUAGUGGAGCUGUUGCGGGUGGAGCAAGGACUGGAAGCACCUUUGUCUCUUUGUUUGACCUCCUAUGCCUGGAUCUUCAGCAUGUAUUCGACCAACUUCUGGCUCCUGAUGACGCUCACCAUUCCUUCCCAGCUCAGCUCCAUCUACACCGUGGCUAUGUUUGGCCGAGAGAUUGUGGACUUCGACUUGGACGCAGCAGAGUCCCUUCAGCUCAAGGAAAGGGACGGCCGUGUUGUGCUACUUUGCUUGGACAGCGGGUCCGAGUCCCACACGUCAGACUUGGAAGAGGCGUCAUCUGAGGAUGCAGCGGCUGCUUGCGCAUUUCUAAAAGUGACUUAGAUCAAAGGUUGUCAGAUGGUCAGGUUGUCAUGUUCGACGCGCC